AUGCCCUUUGAAUCUCCUUCUCACAUCGCACUCGUGACCAAUCCUGACAGAAAUGCACCAAGAGUAUCUCAUUCUACGAAUGCCAACACCCUGUCUACAGCUACAUCAAGGACCGCGGCGAAGCUCACACCCUCCUCAGCAAGAACUUCGCUUGAUCUACAAAUGAAUUCACACAUUGGAGCUGGAGAUAAACCAGAGAACUUGGAUGGGUUUCUGGUACAGAAAGAGGCUACCUUGCCCGGAACCCUGAACCCAUAUCAUGAUGGCCGCAUACGAACUGCAGUUCCGAGCAAGCUUAAGGGCAAGACAAUCGGGAACCAAGGCAACUUCAGUGUCCUGCAAAUGCAAGUUCAGAAGCCAGAGAUGACGGCGCGUGACCUUGCGGCCAAGCGUACAAGUGAAAGAACCGCUGCUGCUGCAAAGCUCGCGAGUUCUCAAGGAUAUCGUCACCCAAGGAGACUUCGGCUGCAACCUGCCACUACCUCUCCGGCCUCUGUUCCUGUUGCGAUACCUCUCGCUCAUACGCUCUCACCACCUCGUUCUCAACUCCCAUCUGUCGUUCCACCCACUCCUAGACCAAAUCCUCUACCUCAUAUCACCACUUCACCUACAUAUCAAGAACGAUACUUGGAGAAACAGGCGGUAGCGGUAGCGGACAUUACAUUGAAUAUUGAUUCACAUCAAGUUAGUGAUUCUUGUGCAGAAUCACACGGUCUGCAUCCAAUGAGUCCAGAGUAUUCUCGCAGGCAAUUCGCUGUAGACACUACACGAGAGGGCAAUGUCGCACAAGCAGAUGGCACAGUCGCAGACCAAGAUCCUAUGCAAGACAUAAAUUUAGAAGUCUCAGAUGAACCAUUCAUAACAGUAGACUCACAAAGAAUCGGAUCAGAACGCACGAGUGGGAUAACAAAGGUCACAAGAGAAGUCGACCGGGAACAAACAAGAGAAAUAACAGUUGAUUCACAAGGGGCCGACGCAGGUCAAACAACUGAGCAACAAUCUAUGCCCCAAUCUCUAUCACCUGCUGUAGUCAAGGCAGAACAGGCCCGCAUCCUCACGCUCUUUCGAUAUGCCCAACCAAGAUUCAUUUUGGACCAGCUUGUGGAAGCGCUGGUUCACUUUGGGACAAUACCUGAUGAGCCUCCGAACGAUAUGGCUUUAUUUACUAACAGUGCUUCUAACAAUGGCCCCGGCAAUCUCUUCGUUUCCUGGCUUUCUGAAAUUUUCCCUGCCAUCCCUCUCGAAUCGCAUAAAAUGAAGAAACCUCCAACAGGGAGGCCACGAGGCAGGCCAAAGGGAAGCAUCGCCAGUUACAACAAUCAGACGAAUUUAGUGCAGAAUGCGAGUACUGCUUUCAUUCCUCGGUCGCUUGGACCGUAUGGAGCAACGAGCACGCAAAUCACAUUGACUAGAGACGGAUCGAGCAAGUUACAGCAGGCCGUUGAAGGCGCCCAGGAGCCAGAAGUAGUGUUGUCGCCAGUUCCGACCGCUCAAAGUCCUACAGCUAUCAUUGUACCGACCUCGCGGGGACAGGAAGACUUGUCACUACAGCCCAUAGCAGAUAUUUCAAGCCGGACUGUUGCUAUUCCACGAAUGAGGUCGAUUUUUCCAUCAACGGCACCAGCUCCAGAAGUAUCUGCGCCAAACUCGACACCAGUACAGCGCAAGAAGCCUACAGGUAGGCCUCGCGGUCGACCACCUGGAUCGAAAAACAAGUCGAAGUCGAUAUCCAAAACACAAAGUGAUAAGGCUGGCCAACAGGAUUUGCGACCUGGCAAGUCAAACCACUCAAUGCCACAAUCUGGAACAUUGUGGCCUCUCCAGCCAAAUAGCGGCUCUUCAGAUACUGUUGAGUCAAGAACAGCUCAGGCAAAUGCACUAGGCAUACUUGGUAGUAUCAAAGAGAAGAGAAGGAAGGUUGAUCCCGACUCACAAAGGACCUUGCAACAAGCUCCAAGAGAAGGCCCAGCCACAAUCUUGCCUCAAGCCUCUGAUUCGACUGCACCACAAGCUAGCAGUUCACAACAAGCAAAACGGCGUCGUUUAUCCCGCGAGACAAUUCACAGAGAUCCUGUGUUGUCUGUAUCAAGCAUUUCUGGGUCACGGGCGCUGUCAGAUGUGUUUGAGAGCAACUCAAGCAUGGGAUUCCAAUCAGCUCAGUCUCGUCCGUCACCAUAUGCGCCACGGCAUCAAACUCAAAAUUGGGAUAUAGAACACCUCUACCAGGGGCAACAACCUCAAUCUCCGUUGCACCCUCACCUGCAGCACCAGUUAAAUCCACAGCAACUUUCACGAAAUACGGGAUCUGGAACAUGA